CGAGUAGGGCCGCGGAGCGGGCUGUGUGUGAGCGGAGCGGGCUUGUGGGCGCGCGAGGCGGCCGGCGGCGACAUGCGGGCGCACGGGCGGCGGCCCUAGCGGCCCGAGCCCCGAGGGCGGGGCGGCGCGGCGCGGGCGCCCCUUCCCCGCUCCCGCCCGCCGGGUCCUGGCGAGCUCGCUGCGGGCCGGGCGGCGCGCGUGCGGCUGAGGGGCGGGGACGCCGUGUGCCUCGCUGCUCCCAGCCGGGCCGGGCGGCUCCUCAGACAGCGGCGCGAGGCGGGCCCGGGCGGAGGUUCCGCGGGUGGCGCUAGGCCCGGCGAAGCGGCAUGAGCCGGCCCCCGCCGACGGGGAAAAUGCCCGGCGCCCCUGAGGCCGCGCCGGGGGACGGGGCGGGCGCGAGCCGCCAGAGGAAGCUGGAGGCGCUCAUCCGAGACCCUCGCUCGCCCAUCAACGUGGAGAGCUUGCUGGAUGGCCUAAAUUCCUUGGUCCUUGACUUGGAUUUUCCUGCUUUGAGGAAAAAUAAAAAUAUAGAUAAUUUCUUAAAUAGAUAUGAGAAAAUUGUGAAAAAAAUCAGAGGUUUACAGAUGAAAGCAGAAGACUAUGAUGUUGUAAAAGUUAUUGGAAGAGGAGCUUUUGGUGAAGUUCAGUUGGUUCGUCAUAAGGCAUCUCAGAAGGUGUAUGCAAUGAAGCUUCUUAGUAAGUUUGAAAUGAUAAAAAGAUCAGACUCUGCUUUUUUCUGGGAAGAAAGAGACAUCAUGGCCUUUGCGAAUAGUCCCUGGGUGGUUCAGCUCUUUUGUGCCUUCCAAGAUGACAGGUACCUGUAUAUGGUGAUGGAGUACAUGCCAGGUGGAGACCUUGUGAACCUUAUGAGUAAUUAUGAUGUGCCUGAAAAAUGGGCCAAAUUUUAUACUGCUGAAGUCGUGCUUGCACUGGAUGCAAUACACUCUAUGGGCUUAAUACACAGAGACGUGAAGCCUGAUAACAUGCUCUUGGAUAAACAUGGACAUCUAAAACUAGCAGAUUUUGGCACAUGUAUGAAAAUGGAUGAAACAGGUAUGGUGCAUUGCGAUACAGCAGUUGGAACUCCUGAUUACAUAUCACCUGAAGUUCUGAAAUCCCAAGGUGGUGAUGGUUACUAUGGGCGAGAAUGUGAUUGGUGGUCUGUAGGUGUUUUCCUUUUUGAGAUGCUAGUGGGGGACACUCCAUUUUAUGCAGAUUCACUUGUAGGAACCUACAGCAAAAUUAUGGAUCAUAAAAAUUCACUGUGUUUCCCUGAAGAUACAGAAAUUUCUAAACAUGCUAAGAAUCUCAUUUGUGCCUUCUUAACAGACAGGGAGGUACGACUUGGAAGAAAUGGGGUAGAAGAAAUCAAACAACAUCCUUUCUUUAAGAAUGACCAGUGGAAUUGGGAAAACAUAAGAGAGACGGCAGCUCCAGUGGUGCCUGAGCUCAGCAGUGACAUAGACAGCAGCAACUUUGAUGACAUUGAGGACGACAAAGGAGAUGUAGAGACCUUCCCAAUCCCAAAAGCUUUUGUGGGAAAUCAGCUGCCUUUUAUAGGAUUUACCUACUUCAGAGAGAAUUUGUUAUUAAGUGACUCUCCAUCUUGUAGAGAAAAUGAUGCAAUACAAACAAGGAAAAGUGAAGAAAGUCAAGAGAUUCAGAAAAAAUUGUAUGCACUAGAAGAACACCUUAGCAGUGAGCUGCAAGCCAAGGAGGAGCUGGAGCAGAAGUGCAAAUCUAUUAACACUCGCCUAGAGAAAACAGCAAAGGAGCUAGAAGAAGAGAUUACCUUUAGGAAAAAUGUGGAGUCAGCACUGAGACAAUUGGAAAGAGAAAAGGCCCUUCUUCAGCACAAAAACGCAGAAUAUCAGCGGAAAGCUGAUCAUGAAGCUGACAAGAAACGGAAUUUGGAAAAUGAUGUUAACAGCUUAAAAGAUCAACUUGAAGAUUUGAAGAAAAGAAACCAGAGCUCUCAGAUAUCCACUGAGAAGGUCAAUCAGCUCCAGAAACAGCUGGAUGAAGCUAAUGCUUUGCUGCGAACAGAGUCUGACACUGCAGCAAGGUUAAGAAAAACCCAGGCAGAAAGUUCCAAACAGAUUCAGCAGCUGGAGUCUAAUAAUAGAGAUCUACAAGAUAAAAACUGCCUGCUUGAGACUGCCAAAUUAAAGCUUGAAAAAGAAUUUAUCAAUCUUCAAUCAGCUCUAGAAUCUGAAAGAAGGGACCGGACCCAUGGAUCAGAGAUAAUUCAUGAUUUACAAGGUAGAAUAUCUGGGCUGGAAGAAGAUGUGAAGACUGGCAAAGCCUUGCUGACCAAAGUAGAGCUAGAGAAGAGACAGCUGCAGGAGAAACUCACUGACCUAGAGAAGGAGAAGAGCAACAUGGAAAUAGAUAUGACAUACCAACUGAAGGUGAUACAGCAGAGUUUAGAGCAAGAAGAAGCGGAGCACAAGACCACAAAAGCACGUCUGGCAGACAAAAACAAGAUCUAUGAAUCCAUCGAAGAAGCUAAGUCAGAAGCCAUGAAAGAGAUGGAGAAGAAGCUGUUGGAAGAAAGGUCUUUAAAGCAGAGAGUGGAGAACCUGCUCCUGGAGGCAGAGAAAAGAUGCUCCAUAUUGGACUGUGACCUCAAACAGUCCCAGCAGAAACUAAACGAGUUGCUGAAGCAGAAAGAUGUGCUAAAUGAGGAUGUUAGAAAUUUGACAUUAAAAAUAGAGCAGGAAACUCAGAAACGUUGCCUUAUGCAAAAUGACCUGAAGAUGCAGACCCAGCAAGUUAACACCCUAAAAAUGUCAGAAAAGCAGAUAAAGCAAGAAAACAAUCAUCUCAUGGAAAUGAAAAUGAACUUGGAAAAGCAAAAUGCUGAACUUCGAAAAGAGCGGCAGGAUGCAGACGGGCAGAUGAAGGAGCUACAAGACCAGCUUGAAGCCGAGCAGUAUUUCUCUACCCUCUAUAAGACCCAAGUUAGAGAACUCAAGGAAGAGAGUGAAGAGAAGGCGAAGCUUUGUAAAGAGCUGCAGCAGAAGAAGCAGGACUUACAAGAUGAACGAGACUCUUUGGCUGCCCAGCUGGAGAUUACCCUGACCAAAGCAGAUUCUGAGCAGCUGGCUCGUUCCAUUGCUGAGGAACAAUACUCUGAUUUGGAAAAAGAGAAGAUCAUGAAAGAACUGGAGAUAAAAGAGAUGAUGGCUAGACACAAACAAGAACUCACUGAAAAGGAUGCCACAAUUGCAUCUCUCGAGGAAACAAACAGAACACUAACCAGUGAUGUUGCGAAUCUUGCAAACGAGAAAGAAGAACUAAACAACAAGCUGAAAGACACUCAAGAGCAACUCUCAAAGUUGAAAGAUGAAGAGAUUAGUGCAGCAGCUAUUAAAGCUCAGUUUGAGAAGCAGCUAUUGACUGAGAGGACACUCAAGACUCAAGCUGUGAAUAAAUUGGCAGAGAUCAUGAAUCGAAAAGAACCUGUCAAACGUGGUAGUGACACAGAUGUGCGAAGAAAAGAGAAAGAGAACAGAAAACUACAUAUGGAGCUUAAGUCUGAACGUGAAAAAUUGACACAACAGAUGAUCAAAUACCAGAAGGAACUGAAUGAAAUGCAGGCUCAAAUAGCAGAAGAGAGCCAGAUUAGAAUUGAACUCCAGAUGACCCUGGACAGUAAAGACAGUGACAUUGAGCAGCUGCGGUCCCAACUGCAGGCCUUGCAUAUUGGUAUGGACAGUUCCAGUAUAGGAAGUGCACCAGGGGAUGUUGAGCCUGAUGAUGGAUUUCCAGUCCGUAUCACUCAGUCACACACUCUGGAGUCCAUGUCCUUCACCUACCAGCGCUCCUCUACUUCUCUCAGUAUUGCCACUAAGCCCUCCAGCUCUCACAUGCUUCUUGACUCUGACUCUGAAGAAGAUUCUUUGCCUUACUUACCCAUUUCAUCGGAGCCCAAUGGUGCAGAAUCAAGAUUAGAAGGAUGGUUGUCAUUGCCUGUGCGAAACAACACUAAGAAGUUUGGAUGGGUUAAAAAGUAUGUGAUUGUAAGCAGUAAGAAGAUUCUCUUCUAUGACAGUGAACAAGAUAAAGAGCAGUCUAACCCUUACAUGGUUCUGGAUAUAGACAAGCUGUUUCAUGUCCGACCUGUUACCCAGACAGAUGUUUACAGAGCAGAUGCUAAAGAAAUUCCCAGGAUAUUCCAGAUUCUGUAUGCCAAUGAAGGAGAAAGUAAGAAGGAACCAGAAUUUCCAGCGGAGCCGGUGGGAGAGAAAUCUAAUUAUAUUUGCCACAAAGGACAUGAGUUUAUCCCUACUCUUUAUCACUUCCCAACUAACUGUGAGGCCUGUAUGAAGCCAUUGUGGCACAUGUUUAAGCCCCCUCCUGCUCUGGAAUGCCGCCGGUGCCACAUUAAAUGUCAUAAAGACCACAUGGACAAGAAGGAGGAGAUAAUAGCGCCCUGCAAAGUUUAUUAUGAUAUAUCAACGGCAAAGAAUCUAUUGUUAUUAGCAAACUCAACAGAAGAACAGCAGAAAUGGGUUAGCAGGUUGGUGAAAAAAAUACCGAAGAAGCCUCCAGCUCCAGACCCUUUUGCCCGAUCAUCUCCAAGGGCCUCAAUGAAAAUACAGCAGAACCAGUCCAUUCGGCGGCCCAGUCGACAGCUUGCUCCAAACAAGCCAAGCUAACUGCCUUCUAUGAAAGCAGUUACUCAGGUGAUUGCAUUCUUCCAGCUUCAAGACUGAAACAUGUCUCAAAACUAAAAAGCUGUAUUCUACUGAGAGACUGACACACCCACUUACACAUAUUUCCUUUCCCCUGAAAUAAUUUUAAAUCAUGGAUUUUUCUGGGCUGCUUUGAAACAAGUUGAACAACAGUGAUUGGUGAGUACAGUGUCAUGCAACUCUUCAAGACUUGCUUCCUAGAGCUGUUGGCACAGAAGGACUGAGAAGAGUUCAGAAAGAUCACACUUUGGCUUCAACAGAGGGUUUUCAUCUGUACAUUAGCCAAAAGGAUUUGGGAGUGGACCCCACUACAGUGAUGCUGACUGCAUCUUUAAGAAGUGACCAUGAUGUUAUGUUCAUGUAUGUAUGUAUGUACAUAUGAGUUGAGCCUCAUAUAUAUACACACACCACCACACAUAAAAAAACACAUUGUACUGUAAUACUGCAAGAAGGUAUUUUUAACUUACCGUUUUAUUUUUUUAUACACAUUAAUCAGAUAUCAUUACUUCAGUUGCAACUAUGCACUUGUAUAAAGCCAUAAUGUUGGAAUUUAUAUCCUACCUGAUAGGAGAUGCAUGUUUGUGUAAACAGUAACUGUAACAAGAUGUUUGAAGUUAAUUAUUCCAGUUUCCUAAUGCUUGUUGUAGGCAACUUUACCCAUUUUGAAUGCCUUAAUUUAAUUUUCUCCCCCUCUCCCCCCAUCUCAACCCUUUUUGGUAUUUAAGAAAAGAAAGAACACGUGUUUACCAGCUCUUAGGAUACAGCUCACUUUGUGGGGAAAACAGUGCAUCUUUUACACACAGUAGUUUGUCAGCGUCAGCCUAUUUGGUCUGUGGCAGUUUUUAAUGUAUUUGGUCAUAGAAACAACAACGGUUGUAUUGAAACUAAUGUGUGUGAUGUACAUCUGUUAUUUUUUCAUCCCUUUUUACAGACUUCAGCUAGUCUGUGACUACAAAAUAGUUCCUUUGCUUUGAACUUGCUGGUUACCCUAGAUGUGUUAUUAUUUAUGGUAAAGGUAAUUUUUCACAUUUUCAUUCAAGAUUCAAAUAUAAAAAAAAAAAAAACUUAACAAGUACUGUAGAUAUAUUUUAAUAUUUAAAUGUGAUCCCUGAAACAAACAGCUGUAUGGCGGUGUAUCAGCUUUGGUAUCUGGGAAAAGGCAUCCUCAAAAGUGCUUGCUUUGAUUCUCGUUGCUCAGUGCUGUUGAGGUUAGAGAGCAGCUGGGACUUAUCCUGUAGUGCUGCAGAGUGCAGCAGUAACAGCGUCAGACUCUGCAUAUGCCAAGUUCAGUUGCCUAGGGUUUCUGUGAAGCUAGUGACAUUUGACAUUGCUUCCCUCUGGGGUCACUGUAGAGAUGGUGUAAAAAGUCUGAUCUUCUUUAUAGAUUCUAUUGUGGAAGUAGUGGCCUUUGGCCUACUGAUAUACUAAAUCCCAAUUCUGUGACCUGAAUUCAGAUGGCCCAGUUGCCUCUUUCAUUCCGUCUGUUAAGACUAGAUGUGCAUGCCAUUUCCCUGGAAGCAGCUGUGCUCUGUAGCUCUAAUUCAGAACACAGCUUCCUUCCUUCCUUCCUUCCUUCCUUCCUUCCUUCCUUCCUUCCUUCCUUCCUCCUUCCAGAUUUAAAAAUGAAAAUAUAUAAAAUUUAUAUAGAAAAACUAUUUCCAUUCAUUAGAGUUGUUUAAAAGGAGACUGAAUUAAUAUUUUAUAUAAAGAUUUUGUUACACUAUGGGAGGUUCUAUCCUAUUCUGAAAUUGGAGAGUAUAUAUAUAUAUAUUUUUAAUAAACUUUAUUAAGGUAAAAUGUCAAGUUUACACAUGAAUAAUUGAAGUAUUUGAGUAAAAAAAAGCAGAAGUUUAAAUUUGGAUGCUGUGCGUGUAUAUAUGUAUUAGAAUUUGGAGAAUCAUGGUGUGAUUCAGCAACUGUAUGUGACACUUAAUGUGAAGGAUUCAGGGGAAUAAAACAUUCUGAGGGGUAAAAAAAAAUCUCUCCAUGGAGCUUUUUCACAUACGGUUUAAUGUGGGGAUUUAUAAGGUCAUUUGUCCAACUAACAGAAUUUCGAGUAAAAAAACAAACUGUGACCUUAGGGAAGUAUUUGCUUUUCCCGUUGUCAUUUGUGUGUGUGUAGGUGCACAUACCUGCCAUUUCUCUCCCCAACCCAGCAGUCACCACAGCAGUGGCACACUAACUACAUUGUGCCGUUUCACUCUUUCUUGAGCCCCAAAUCUUCAGGCUUAUGAUUUUCAGAGCAAAUGUUACUUCCUUUAUUCAGUUUGUCCCAAGCCACAAAUACCUCCAGUUGGGACCUCGAAGAAAUGGAGUGUUUUGUGGAAAUAAAAAAGGGAAGUAAAAAUUACUGGUGAAAAUUAAUAUAAAAUUAAAUUUUAAGUGUUGCUUUUAGAAAAGCAAGAUUUUUUUUUUUUUUUUUUUAAGUGCAGUUGAAAAGUUUCAAAUGCCACAGCUAGCUAAAGGAUGGUGAGCUAGUAAUCCCAAGGAAAGCCUGGUGUUUCUGGCCAGCCUUUGAGAGGCCAUGGGCCCAACAGAGGCUUUGUGUCAUCAUGUGUAGAUGUAGUAAGAAGUGCUUGAGCUUCGGUUCUUGCUGCUGCUGUCAGUCUGUUAGGAUUCCCAGGGUGCCGUGGAGAAACUCAGACACUAAUCAACCUCAUAGGGAUGCUCUGAGCGGCUGAACCCCACAUAGAACAAAGCUUCUGAGCUUGCUCUCAGGCCCUCUGACUGCUACUGAACUGACUCUCCUUGCCUGCCUGAAGGUGGCUUCAGUUCCCUCCCUGGCUUGUGGAGAUGCCACGCCAACUUAAAGCACUUUGACAGGCACUGUAUGACAGUGCUGAGUGUUGUGCCCUGUGGCCUCACCCUGUUCCCUUCCCUGUGGUGACUUUUGUUUGGAACUGUAAUAAGUUAUAAACGGCAUGAUUUAAAGAGUCAUCUUGGAUCACCUGAACAUUUAAAAAAAAAAAAAUACCCUCUUGAUUUAUUUUUUAUUUUGUUGCAUCUUUGUAGUAAUGUAAUUGUAUUUUUAUGCCUGCUUUUUGUUUAAGAAAAAUAAAUAAAAGAACCUAAGAUGUAAA